GACGGUAAACAUGUGGAGUGUAGGUAUAAAAAGAUCGUGAAAGAUAACAGUGACUUACAUUGAAAACAUAACUUGAAAUAUGUGUUAUAAAUAGUACUUAAUUUGGAAAUUGGUUACUUAAAAAAUAAUAUAAAAAUGAUUCCGGGGUACGGUGCAGUGACGCAGGCUCUCCUGGGAACACUAUUCACGUGGGGACUUACAGCUGCAGGAGCCGGUUGUGUGUUUUUUAUACGUGGUAAACACAGAAAACUCCUCGAUGUGUCACUGGGUUUUGCCGCUGGUGUUAUGACAGCUGCUUCAUAUUGGUCGUUGUUAGAGCCAGCUAUUGAAAUGUGCGAAGCAUCUGGUUUAUACGGAGAUAAAGGGCAGUACGCAUUCGCCCCAGUCGCAGUGGGAUUUCUGUUUGGAGCUGUAUUUGUAUUUGGAACUGACAGAUUCUUAGACUAUUUGGGAAUAAAUUCAACUAAUAUGAUGAUGACAAUAACAAAAACCAACAAUUCAAAAGAGAAGAUCGAAGAUCUGGAAAUGAUGACGGCUCUAAACAGGCGGUCAUCCAACCCUACACUGGUUACUAUGGAGACGCAGCCCGCAGAUUUCGCGGACUGUAUAACAAAUCAGCACACUGCACAGAGGCGGCGUGGUCACCAUCAUUCUCAGAAUUCAUUGAAAACAGAUGGUGGCGAAGGCGAUCGUCGCGACAGUGUGGCGCGUGCGUUAGAAGCGCGUCAGUCGCAGUGGAAGAGAAUAAUGCUCCUCGUGGUCGCCAUCACCGUCCACAACAUACCCGAGGGGCUGGCGGUGGGCGUAGGUUUCGGCGCUGCAGCGUCUUCCUCGCAAGCCUCAUUCCAAAGCGCCAGAAAUUUGGCGCUUGGAAUUGGCAUCCAGAACUUCCCCGAGGGUCUCGCCGUUAGCUUGCCGUUGCAUUCUGCUGGAUUCUCCGUCUGGAGAGCCUUCUGGUAUGGGCAGUUAUCGGGCAUGGUAGAGCCCGUAUUCGGAGUGCUGGGUGCGGUAGCUGUAGCUGCCGCUCAACCCGCGCUGCCGUACGCUCUGGCCUUCGCGGCUGGUGCCAUGAUAUACGUCGUCGCCGAUGACAUAAUUCCGGAGGCAAAUGCAUCUGGAAACGGGAAGCUGGCGACGUGGGGCUGUAUCAUCGGCUUCAUGGUCAUGAUGUGCCUGGACGUAGGUCUCGGGUAAGCGCGCCCCGCUCCCGCAUCGAGCCUUCAUAUCACUCGUGCACCUACUUUUAGUUCCCUGUCGCAUCGACCAAAACUGUAGUGUAGAAAAUUGCCAAAGUUAUGCGACACGGUUCUAAAUAUCGAUGCUUUAUGAACAUUUCGACACCAUGUACGUUCAAACAACUGCUUCAGGUAAUGUUCUCAUCGAUCGUGAUGGCCGUAACAUUGCACAAGGUAAGAAACAUUAUGCCUUAUUUGACGCUUUAAAUAAUUAUUUAUAAGUCAAUCUUGCAGUAUUUUAUUUGAACUCCAAUACAUAUAAUAAGAUUACCUUUAGCAGAUGUUUGGAUGAAUUUGCUGUAAACAGUAAAUUGAAUGGGAAUAGCUCUAUUGUUUAUGUAAACCUGUAAAUAUCAAAGACUGUACAGAUAGGCCUUACGUAGCUUAAACGCCUUAAGCGAAGUCUCUCGCACAAAUAACUGGAAAUGUUUCUGUGAGUGAUUUAGAUUUGAAGGCAAAUGAUUUUAACAAAUCCGACUCUGGCUCUUGAUAAUGGUAGCAAUAGUCUAAUAUAAUUUUAUUAAAUUAAUUUAAAAUAUAUUAAGUAAAUAUUAAAUUGUAUAAUUAAUUUACUUUAACAUAAAGUAUUACACUUACAUAGUUACAAACUAUUGUAUAUUAAUUGUCCUAAUAUAUUUUAUUUAGUACUAUUAAGAAAAAACAUUAUAUAAGAGAAAAUUUCCAAAUUCAUGCUCAAAAAAAUUGAUUCAUUCUUAGCAUUCAUUAAGAUUAUUAUUUAGUGGAAUCCCAGUCUCCAAGAUUGCCAUAUAAACUACCGUUAUAAUAAUGAAUUGCAUUUUAUUUAAUAAUUUAUUAAAAGACAAUAUUUGAUUUUAUUAGAUAAUAAGUAAUUAAUGUAGUAUAUUUUGUAAGUCAAUUAUUAUAAAAAAUAUAUCAAUUAUUGUUUUUUAACUAAUAUAGUAUUACGUAAUAUUGGUCUGUUUAAUUGGCCAUAAAAAGAACUACAGAGACCGCAUUGAUUCAAAAUCUUAUUAAUUAUUCAAAAUGUUAGUGUUUUCAAUGAGAUUUGUAAAAAAAAUGUUGAUAUUAAUAUGAACCACUACGAUUCGGCAUAAAUGUAAAUGAAAUAAAUAAU